CUUUUUUUUUUUUUAUAAAUAUAUACACACAUAUAUAUAAAUAACACUUUAUUUAAUGCCCAUUCGACAUUUUGAUAUAUUCACAGCUGAACGGCGUCUUAUACAAACAUCAGCCCUGAGUCAACUAAAAGACACGAGACUGGGCAUCGAUGGUAACUACUGGAUUCGUAAAAUUGUCGCCAAAGAGAAUGCAGUAGCUGCUAUGGGGGGUUUACCUCUUCGACUUGCAGCUUCUAUCGAAAAGGAACUUGAAGGAUUCAAGUCAAGUGGAAUUCAACCCAUCUUUGUUUUUUCAGGAUUAUCCAUUUUGAGAAAGGAUAAACCAUUUUCAACUGAAGAUACUCGUCCAAGUCAUCGUGCAGCUGCGUGGGAUUUUUAUGAACGUGGCAAGUUAGAUUUAGCAUUGAGUAACUGGGCAAGUAGUAGUAGUAUACAUUCAGCAGAACUCUUAAAUAGCGUUUUUCAUAUUCUUUACAAGAAUCAAGUUGAAUUUAUUCGUGCACCUUAUUCAUCAUGGGCACAGGUAAACUGGCUUAUAUGUAUACACAUCCUAAACAACUUGUUAAUGCAGUCUAUGGCGGGUCUGAAUUAUUAAUGUGGGACAUUGAUAAAAUGAUGACAAGUAUAGAUUUUGAAAAGGGAAAUUAUCAUUGGGUCAGUAAACGGACUGUUCUGCAAGAUUUACAUGUAUCAGAUGAACAAUUUUUAGAUAUCUGUAUUUUAGCAGGAUUUGAAUAUUGUCCUACUUUUCCUCCUCUAAAUACAACACAAGUCAGUUUUACAUUCAAUGGCGUUCAUGAUUUAAUUAAACAACACAAGACAGGAUUUAAUGCAGUUCAAGCAUUUUCAGAUAAUCCACUUG